UUGCCGAAUUUGACGAGGCUAUGUGACAAGGCUGCCGAACUUCGCCUUUCGGAUUCUUUCCCUCAUACAUUUUGGUGCUUGCAAAAGGUACUAAGAGAUCGACAAGGUCCAUUUAAUCAGCGAUCGGCAACUCAGUGACGGCCCAAGGCUCAUCGGUUUAGACUGUGACGCCUUCUGAGUGACUCAUCUGAACCAGUCAGCCUCCCGGCAAGCGCGAACAUCAUCGACCUGAAGAAGAGGCACAGAUCUAGGCACUCAAACGAUUUGUGUAAUACGCCAAUUCCUCUAAUUGGCUCUGGAUCUGUUCCUUCGCGUUAGGAGUCUCGUCCCGGUCUUCGACUACAGAUUUCCACACACACGAUUUAUCCACCAAGCGCUCAUAAUGUCAUCUGGUCGAGGUGGUCGAGGUGGCCGCGGAGGCAACCGCCACGACUCACCACCUCGCACUGUGCUCGUCUCGAAAGCACUCUCACGUCUUCUCCGCCACGCUGCCGUACAAGAACGCAUCCCCAUCGACAAUCACGGCUACGUCCGCAUGGACCACCUCUUAGGAUGGCAACGUCUACGCAGUAUGAAACCUCCAGUGACAUUCGACGAGAUAGUUCAAGUUAUCCAGGACAACGAGAAGAAGCGAUUCGCUUUGAAGUAUGUGACCCAGGAAAUCAACCCGGAGCACACAGACGUCCCUACCACCACGAAUGAAUCCCAAACGACAGAACAGGCAGACGUGGAAACGGAUGCGCAAAUCGAGACGGAGACGCAACGAGCCAUCUCCCAAUUUGAAGCACUCACUAUCAACAACGACAUCGACAUGAAGAGGUUCUUCAUACGGGCCACACAGGGUCACAGCAUGAAAGCCGUCGAGGCAGAAAACUUGUUGACCCCGAUCACUCUGGACGAUGAGGCAAAUAUACCUGACGCAGUCGUACACGGGACAUUCUACGGCGCAUGGGAGCCGAUUCUGACAAGCGGCGGACUCAAAUCAAUGAGCCGGAACCAUGUGCACUUUGCCACAGGCCCGAAUUUAGAAGAGGUCCAGCAGAAUAUUGUGCCAGGGGAGACGACAAAAGGUGGUCUAGGUUCAGUUCUUGGCAAGAACAAAGUCAUUUCUGGGAUGAGGAGCGACGCACAAAUCCUGAUAUAUAUCGACAUUCGGCGCGCGUUGGCCGAGGAGAAGGAGAUGAAGUGGUGGCGUAGCGAGAACGGAGUGAUUCUUACGGAAGGGGUGGGCGACAAAGAUAAGGUUGUGCCUACGAAGUACUUUCUCGCAGCGUAUGAGAUUAAAGAGGGCGUAGGGAAGUUGUGGGAAGAUGGGAAGGUGGUCACGGAAUUACCGGAGAAUCUGAGGAGUCGGGCGCUGCCCAGAGGGAAGGGCGCAGGAGGACAGAGAGGGAGAGGAAGAGGUGGUGGGAGAGGAUGAAUAUUGGUGAGGAAGGGAGGGGAGUUCGAUCACAUCAUGACGAGUUUGGACGAUCAAGAGAAAGACAACAGGAGCAAUGCUGAUGAAUGAUGCGUCAUGACAUCUCAUCUUCCUACUUCUACCAGCUUCGCUGAGGUACAACAACAUUGGUCGUAUCAACUGGUCUCUGGUGUAUUCUGAAGCCACCUCUCCCACAAACGUGGCUGUAUGCCAGAGGCUGCCAUGCUCUACGGGUGUUUGCCACCGUCUCGAAUGUCACCAUCCUCUUCAUAUCCCACACUGCUUUCGACCGCAAGGAGCGACUGCUUUUAUGUCAUCAGCCGAAUAGCAAUGAUCAGCCGCAGAAGGUGCCAUCUUGUCCAGUGUUCGUACGCCU